AAAGAGAGACAGAGCGGCAGAAGGAGGGGGAGAGUCAGAGUGCGAGAGAGUCGUUUCUGCCCUCUACAUAGCGCUGCCUGUGUGCACGCGCUCGUCUUUCCCUGUGCUCUCUCUCUCGCUCUCUCACUCAUACACGCACACGGGAACACGCAGACCAGGACACACAGACCAAGGGAGGGAGAGUGAGAGAGAGAGAGAGAACACAUCGCAGCCGAGAUGCAGCAGAAGGUUUUUCGAGGAUUAAGAGCGGGGUCAUGGUGUUGGGAGAGGAUAUCUGGGACCCUCUCCACACCUGCACUGCAUUCUUGGAGCUGAAUGUGCAAUGCAUGGCAAUCCUCAUCUUGUUUCAUACGAAGAUAAUCAAAGAUGCACAAUGUUACCUACAUCUAGGAGUUGUUGUCUCUGGGCUUGACCUCCAGGGACUGCCGUCUUCUUGAUUUGACACUUCUGUUUUCUACCAUCCUUCAACUGUCAACUUUUGCACUGAAGAUAUAGCUAGAACAGACACUCUGUAAAGCAUUUUCCUGGACCUUGUUGAACUACAGACACAUCCUUUGACUGUCUAGUGUUCUCUAUUUUAGGCCAACUAUAGCCUUGGAGAGCAUCUCAGAGGACUUCUACAAGGAUCCAAUGAAACACCGAAAUAAACACAUGAGAGGAGACAGGAUGGGAGAGGGCACGGGGGAGGCAGAUGGUGCCAAAACUACGAGGAUAUCUCUCAGUUUUCCUCUUAGUGCUGGACUGCCUAGCUUUUCUGCACAGAAGCAUUGCUUCUCAUCCCACCCCACUUCCUCCACUGACGUCCAUGACAGAGAAGCAUUCAGAGACAAACAGUUAUCGAAAAAGUCAUCAAAAACUGACCGCCUGCCAUGCACUUCCUCUUCCCUCCCUGUCGAUCUAACUGCCCCAGUCAGUAAGAACUGCAAGUCAUCUCUGUCCUUUUCUGUUGAUGGUAGUGGCUCCAGAUACCCAACAUCUCCCUUACAACACUCUAACACAAUUGACUAUUCAAAAGAGACUGCUGGGGUUAGUCUCAAUAAUGGGUACAAAGAGCAUUCGACAACAGAAACAGCACACAUCCUUUUCAACCUCAGUGCGAGAGCCUAUCAGGACCAAGGUGUGAAGGAUCCCGAGAGUUCAAAAGGCAAAAAACGCAAGGCAAACAGCCUCCAUGUUGAACUGAGCCUUCCUCUCCCUAGCAUAAACCCUCACUCGUCCUCAUCAACCCCUCCUCCUCCUCCUUCGCCCUCGUCUCUCUCUCUAACUUCCUCCCCCUUGACUAUCCCCACGACAUCUUUCCAUGACUCCUUUAGGGCAGUGCCGAAGCCAGAACUACUGUGUGGGGUGUGCCACCGUCUGUUCAGCACUGCCUCAUCCCUCACUGUCCACAUGCGUCUCCAUCGGGGGGGACGAGUACUCAGCUGCCGCCACUGUGGCAAAGCCUUCAUCCAUAAUAAAAGACUGCAAUCCCAUGAGGCCACCUGCAGGCAAGGGCUGCCAGCUUUUCCAGUGCCACCCAAAGAUGAGCUCCUGGAGGAGGGUGAAGUGGAGGGGGAGAGAGCAGAUGAGGCUGUGGAGCCAGAACAGCUUGGACAAGGAACAAGGCCUGGCCGACCCAUAAAGAAAGUGCGAGACCUUCACGCUCGUCAUGCUGGAACACUGACUUGCAGGGAUGCCCUGGGGGAAGAGGAUCACUUUGUAAAAGUGGUGGAUGGACAUAUCAUUUACUUUUGCUCUGUGUGCGAACGCUCUUACAUGACUUUGUCCAGCCUGAAGCGACACUCUAAUGUGCAUUCAUGGCGGCGGAAGUACCCCUGUCACUACUGUGACAAGGUUUUUGCUCUGGCUGAGUACCGCACCAAACAUGAGGUGUGGCACACAGGUGAAAGGCGCUACCAGUGCAUCUUUUGCUGGGAGGCAUUUCCUACUUACUACAACCUUAAAACACACCAAAAGGCAUUCCAUGGUAUCAAUCCUGGUUUGAUCUCAAGUGAAAAAACAGUCAAUGGUGGCUACAAGCAGAAGGUCAAUGCCCUUAAACUGUACCGCCUGCUGCCCAUGCGAUCUCUAAAGCGACCUUACAAAACAUACAGUCAGCCAAUGGCUGAUGGACUACUCACUUCUGAUUCAUCAGUUACCCUGCCUUUGUCUAUAGACAGCAGCCUUCCACAACCUCUGGAAACAAAGAAAUUGGAGUCUUUCCUGAAAGAUCUUCAAACCACAGACAUCAAGACUGAGCCUGAGCGAUUCCCCAUCAGGGUGGGUGUUGAGCAGGGUAAAAAACUAGCUUCUCCUCAAACAGACAUGGCAGUAGAAGCAAGAGAGACAGAGGGGUCAGAUUUAUGGCAGUCAGGUAGCAACAGUGGCAAAAGCAAGACUCCAAAGUGCCCAGAAGAUGCUGUCUCUUCAGUCAUUGCAUUUGCACACAGCAAACCCUCAGUCAUCAUGCACAGUGCUGCAGUUUCUUCCUCUGUCAUUGUUCACAGAAACAAGAUGGAUUCUGAGGAGAGAAAAAGAAGUCCAAAAAAUCAUCUAAUGGCAAAAACAGGUCAAAAACAGAUUAAAAAACAUAGCCAGAGAGAGCACACUGAGGCAUACAGGGACUGGGACGCUGUCAGUGAAGAUGCAGAGGCCUCGAAAAUCAGACAGCCAACAGAGAAACUUCACAAGGGACGAAAAGUUCACAAUAAAACAGAGUCAAGUAAGACAAUACCUUUAGCGGUGGGAUCAGAAGUCAAAGGCAGCGGCCCACUUUGUCAGAUUACUGUGCGAAUAGGGGAGGAGGCGAUUGUCAAACGGAGCAUCUCUGAAACAGAUCUGAGGAGAGACAAAAGCCCUACACGCAGCAAACCCAAAAAGAGUAACCUCUCACAGGAGGACCAGCGAGAGCACACCAAUCAUCACCAACGUAAACACCGUAACUCCAGUCAGGAAGGAAAGGAGGGGGAGUCCAAAUGGAAAAACCCUAAACUAAAAGGCAAGGUGAGGAAAUACUUCUUCCGGCAGGAGGUCAGGGAGGACAGAAAUGACCUCCAUGAUGUGGAGGACAACCUAUGGAGGCCUUAUUAUUCUUACAAACCCAAGCGAAAGGCCCUUCAUAUGCAAGGGGCUAAAGCCUGGAAGCGCAAAUUGCACUACAAACGAUCCCUGAGGCCUAUGAGGAGAGCUGAGAGACUCAUGAAAAAUCUGAAUAAAGAAAUUGAUGGUGAAGAGGCAGAUGAGGGAGAGGAGAGGAGACAGAAAAUAAAGAAAGAGCAGAAAGAAGUUAGUGAGCCACAUAAAACUGAAGUCAAAGAAAUGUCACACACUUGUCCUGUCACUUCAAAAACAGAACAGAAGGAAAAAGAAAAGGGAACACAUGGAAAGCCUGAUCUUCCUCUCCCUUUGUCUGUUUCGCAGGCUACAAUCAAUUCUCAAAACACAGCAUCCUCUAUCAUCAAACAACGAUGGUCAGAAGAUCAGGCUUCUGAAUGUGGAACAUGUGGGCGCUGGUUCUCCAGCGCAAGGAAACGAGACAAACAUGAGUUGACACAUCUAUUUGAGUUUGUGUGCAUGCUUUGCAGAGCUCCAUUCCCCUCACAAUCCAAACUAGAGGAGCAUCAGAGGACUCAGCAUCCCAAAACCAAGCCCCUGUCUGCCCCUACUUUCUUCACUUCCCAGUCAUCAAGAAAUGAGGUGGAAAUGAAAGCGAAUGAGAAUGGAGUGGAUGAACAUUCCAUAGAGAAAGGCAGCCCAGUUCGCUUGGGCAGGAGGCCUUUAAUCAGAUAUACAUGCUCACAAUGCGAUAAAGUCUGCAAAACCUCUGCUGCACUUAACUGCCACCUCAAGCGACACGAGUUCAGUUCAACCGAGGUUGAAGACACCCAGGAAAAGCAAGAUUUGCCUAGUUACACAACUUCUGCAGUGGAGACUACACCAAGCAAAGGUUUAUACAUCAACUGUGAACAAGUACAGCCAGUGUCUGUCAUAUAUUACUCUAAACCAGACUGUCAAAUCAUUGACAACCAACUGGGUGAGAAGAUGGAAGAACACCAAAGAGUCAGAAAUUGUGAAAGCCCCAAAGUUGCAGCCAAUGACAAAGUCCACAGUCCACUGUGUGCACAGUUUUCCCAAGUUAUGCACAGCCCCACUUUAGAAAGGUUUAACGUCAUCUCUCCUAACCUCCCUAGUGUACUUGUAAUGAAUGGUGCAGAGUGCCUAGACUACAGGACACCAGAGAAACGUAAUUUAGACACACUAGAUCAGCAGAAAAUAAGCCCAACGCCAAGGCAAAUCCAAGUUUCUCAAAUGCUGACAGAGCCUCAGAUUAGAAUAGAAACAACUCCAUCUGGACCCAUAUCACUAAAAACAGGCAGAGGUUAUGUGUUUAGAGAAGGUGACAAUAUUCCAAAUGAAGAUUUCAGCGAUUUACAAGAUGCUCAGGAUUUAAGAAUCUUUCCUCAAUCCAGCAGCCAAGCCCAAGACUUAUCCAUGCCAACAAUACUGGCAAAAAAGAAGGCGCUUAAUCAACAGAAUAAACAUCCAUCCAACAUCUCAAAGGAACAGUCUUGUAAUGAAGAGGUGUUGUUGCUAGUACCCAAAGAGGAACCACUCAGUCCUAUACCAUCUCCUACAUGCUCUGUCAUUCAAACCACUCCAAAAGGAUCUUCUCAAAGGUAUUCAAAGUCACCUUGUCACUCUCCAGGACCCUUGGACCUACAGUUGCGGCCACAGCUGAAGCAAAGCCAAACACACAGAGGAAGGCACAAUACAGAAAAACAGGGUCUUAUGUUGCCAGCAAAUUCAGCUGGGAUGAGCGAUACUCCUUCUUCCCACAACUUGCUACAUACUCAAGUGCCCACAGCAGAGCCUGAAUCAAACAACCACACCUCUGUCACUCCAACAGAACACUACAGAGGCUCAGGCUACCCUGUCCAGGAGCUUACUCUUCCCUUGGUCAUACCUGGAGAGUACUGCUCUGGUAAGAAACAGGAGGAGCAAAUCCUGAUGUCUUACCCUGCUGGACCCCUACCCUUUCCGCCACUUGGGAAGAUGGUACCCCACUCUGACUCCACCAAACUGCCCUUUUACCCUGACCCAUAUCACCUACUGUAUGGCCCACAGCUACUGCCAUACCCCUAUAACCUUGCUGCCUUUCCAAUGGCUCUAAAUAUGAUGGCAUCAGGGGACAAAGAGCCCUUACCCUUCUUGCCUUUUUUCAAUUACGCUGCCGCUGCUGCCCCUUUAACAGGCACAGUGCCCCAUCCUUUAGUAGUGAACCCCAGUCUAUACAACAGUGGUGGCAGCAGUAGCACAAAGCAGGACAACCCAUAAGUGAGUACACAAUGGCAGCAAGGGAAUAUCUGUAAAAGGGCAGAGGAGGCCAUUAAGGGUGGAAGUUAUGUUUUUCUGUUUCUUAACUGAACACUCUUGCACAGCUCUUACUUCUCUUUUGUAAAGCAGUAAAUGCAUAGGCAUACCUAGAAAUCAAACGUGGUGGAAAGAUGGAGAGGUGUCUUGACGACAAGAGGAAAGGAUGUAAGGGGGUGAAGAACAAUAGAUAUAACACCCCCUUCAGGCACUGCCAAGAUGCACCUCCAACACACCACUUCUUUGCCUCUUCUGUAGUGUUGUUAGAGCUUGGAUAUCUGUCCUCUCAAAAUCAAUACGACAUUAGGGAUAACACAUGAACAAUAACAGCUAACAUGAUAUGUGUUUUGCUAAAUUAAUUUAGUCUGCUUCCCAUAAUAAGGACAGUAUAACAACAAUAAUGAUAAUAAUAGUUGUGUUAAUUAUACUGCUUAUAGUAAUACAAGGGUGGCUUAUCAUUGAAAGCAAAAUGGUAUGCCUGAAGAGGCUCAACAUACUCAACACAUAGGGAAGAUGCAGCAGCAAUUUUGUGUGUGGGCGUGCGUGUGUGUGCAUGCAUGAGUCUGUACAGUGUGCGAUUUUGUAUAGAGGUAAUGCAUGGAGACUUUGGGGUAGCUCAUAGUGUCAUAUCUUACAACAUCGGUACUCCAGUCAUGUGUUUUUCAGUAUUUCGGCUUUAUGUGUGCCUGCAGGUUUGUGUAAGUGUAUUUGUGGGGUGUGUUGGGGGUGUAGGCAUGCACACUUAAAAUCAUUUGUGCUGCAUCAGCCUUAGUCAGUUCCAUGGACGUUCACAUCAAAACACCAUUCCUGGAAAGCGGUUAUAAUCUUAAUAGGUCAGUAAAUAGAAAACAUAGAUGAAGUUCUUCUUUCGUAAGUCAUAGCAUAGCAACUUGAUGGUGUAGCUACAUGUCAUAUGGAUUAAACAUAUUAUUACGUGAUGCCUUCACUAACCAGGAUCAUCAUGACUAGAUCAAAUAUAUGGUGAUGUAGAAUCCACUCUACAUUUGAGCGUUUUAUGUCUAGAGACAGAUUGUGUUUCGCAUAGUUUGGUUUGUAGGAUGUUGGUAUUAAUCACUGAUCAUUUAUGAAAUAAGUCUGUGUACUUCCAGUACUCCUGCCAACCGUUUCAUCUCUUCCAACAACAUACGUUCCAGUCGACUUCAUGUUUGUGGCCUUCUCCUCCCCACUGCCCCCUGGUGUCCACCAAAGACACUCCAUUCACUUGACUAAAUUUAAGACACAACAGAGAGGGAGAAACCAAGUGAGACAAACAGACAACAAUAUAGAGUGAGAGCGUGAGCAAAAAUGGGAGGAAAGUGGAGAAAAGCGCAGCUGGGCAGUGCGUUAGCAUAAAUGGAGCUUCCUUUAUAAAGACAGAGAGAACCGUACACUAGUAAGAGACAGUAGCCGUGAAUGUUCGUUUUAGAAAAACAAUCUACUACAAGCAAGCCACCAUUUCUUUUGGUUAGCAGAUUCUCUCUCCGCAGCAGAGAAAAGAGAGGGACAGGA